AUGGCCGGUCUCAUCAUCGAGGAUCGUUUGGCCGUGUUUCGCCGAACUCCAGCAUCAACACAUUACUCUCUCUGGAAUGGAAAUGGCGAGACGAUCAUCCACAUUAAGUACAAGUACCCGCAAUGGCUACAGGUCGAGACAUUCUGGGACAAUGUCUACAUUCAUCACAUCUUCAAGAACUACUGGCAUUACUCGAUCUACAUUGCUUUGCUCUACGUGAUGGUCAUUCAUGGAUUGGAACGUUUUAUGCGCGAUCGUAAGCCGUUCAACUUGAAAGGACCGCUUGCUUUGUGGAAUGGAGCUCUUGCUGUUUUCAGCAUCGUUGCAACUUUUCGCUAUGGAAUUGAAUUUCUGCACACUUUGACCACGCGUCCCCUUUUUGACUCGAUCUGCUACUCAACGGAUCCCGAACAGCCGGCUGCUUUUUGGGCGUGCAUGUUUGCCUUGAGCAAGAUUGUUGAACUUGGUGAUACUGUGUUUAUUGUGCUCAGGAAGAGGCCUCUCAUUUUUCUUCAUUGGUAUCAUCAUGCUGUGGUUCUCGUUUAUGUUUGGCAUGCCGCCGUUGAACUCACUGCUGCUGGUCGCUGGUUCAUCUUCAUGAACUAUGCUGUGCACUCAAUCAUGUACACCUAUUACACGCUUGCUGCACUUGGAAUUCGUUUGCCAAAGGCUGUUUCGAUGACUGUCACCACACUGCAGACAACUCAGAUGCUGGUUGGAGUCGGAAUCUCGUGUUGUGUGCUCUACAUCAAGUCGAAGGGACACGUGUGUCAGCAAAGUUUUGAGAAUCUGGCUCUUUGCUUUGCCAUCUACUCAUCCUUCGCUAUUCUCUUCAUGAAUUUCUUCCGGAAAGCCUAUUUCGGCAAGCGAGUCAAGGCCACCACCGCGGAGUCGAAGAAGGAAAAA